AUGGCCAACGGCUCUGCCCUAUAUCCUUCCCCACCCGAGGACAAUGGUACAUCUUACCAGGCAUCUGGACUUACGGACAGCCCUCUAUUCGAUGAUCUUGACGAUGGGAACUUUGAGUGGGAUGGUAACGCCGACCAGCUCUUCGGCGACUUACAAGACAAUGACUUCAAUGAUGAUGGGGAACUUCACGAUAAGCGAAAAGCCUCCAUAGACUCAGAGGACGAGGAACAAGGUUCCAAUAAGAAGCAAGAGGGUGAUUCAAAGACACCCAAGAAGCCCGGUCGAAAGCCGCUUACGGCUGAACCAACAACGAAGCGCAAAGCGCAAAACCGAGCCGCGCAACGAGCAUUCCGCGAACGCAAAGAGCGUCAUCUAAAAGAUCUCGAGACAAAGGUUGAAGAUCUAGAAAAAGCUUCUGAAGCUACAAAUCACGAAAAUGGACGAUUACGUGGCCAGGUGGAUAAGCUUAAUGUGGAGCUGACAGAAUACCGCAAAAGGCUGUCACUCAACAGUACAGGCGUUAGCCAGUCUCCACCAGCGCCACCGAAACGUAACUCCAGUCAGAAUAAUGACUUCACGUUUGCAUUUCCCAAGUUUGGAGAUUUACCUGGAGCCAGUUUCCUCAACAAUGGCUCUCUGGCCAGGACAAGUUCCGCUUCACAGACACAAAUGCCAGCCACUGCCGCUAGUGUGCGUAAAGCAUCGUCAACAUCAGCCAAUAGCUACUCACCUUCAAGCAUAAAUGGAGCUUAUCCUACUACGAACUAUACCUCGCCACAAAAUAGUAUCCCAUCUCCACCGAACAAUACCGUUCCGACUCCAACGACGAGUUUCACCAACUUCACUGAAAACAGCCUUGACGAUCUCACAGGCCUGUUUAGUCCUUCAGUACUAGGAACAGCAAGCAGCACGAGCUCGACAGACUAUUUAUCGUUCAACGGUGGUGGUGCUAAUAACGGCAUCGCUGCUAGACCAGGUACUUUUGGGAGCAAUCACGCAGUCAAUCAGCCUCCAAAACUGCCACGCCAGCCAUCUGCCUCUGCCACCAACUCUCCAGCUUCAUCAAUGUCGCAUGUUGGGUUUGAUUCUUCUGUCGGGACAACACCAGAAGCAACUGUGGACUCCCCAGACAAUAAGGAUUACAGCAAUGUUGACAAAACAGCUGGCAAUUUGAAUACCAUUAGUGAGGAAAAUUCUUUACAAAAUUUAGGUAAGAAGAAGCUUUGCAAUUCGCUAGCUACUGCCUGUGGCAAUUCUCCCAACCCAAUCCCACCGAUGAUGUCUGGUUCUAACGCGGCUUCAGCGCCUUUGACUGGGCAGCAGUCAUAUGCUUCCGAAAUCAACGGGAUUGAUUGGUUUGCUCAGCAGAACGGUGGACAGUUUGAUCCAGUCCUGUACGGUGACUACCGUGAUCCUCAGGACAACAUACUCAAUAGUAUUGGAGAUGACUUCUUCAAUGAUGCAUUCCCGGCGCAGGACUUUGCUUCACCAUACAACACGGGGGAUGCGCUGGCAUCAGAACCCAAAAGAGAUCUCAUGAAGGAAAUUGAGGUCAAGCAGAGUGGCACUGAAGAUGAGGUUGCGCCAAGGGAACAGAACAAAGAGUACGUGGGCUACGAUACUCUUUGGUCAUGCUCCGGCAAGGGUGCUGUGAUCGAAAAGAAGGAUGUUGACAGCAUUCUGGGUCCGGCCAAGAAGCAGAAUGACAUGUUCGGUGGUUUUGCAUGA